GUACCUCCAAGUGAUGGUGCUAAAAUCGAAAACUUCACAAAGUAGUAGCAUUGUCUAAGCCAAACUCAGAUGAAUUAUAUAACCAAGUGCCAGCUUGUAAGUCCCUAAAUUUGUCGUUACCGAAUCCAAGACUAGGACAUGAGAAGUCAUACUCUCCUUCUUCAUAACCUCUCGAUGAUGAGAUGUUGAAUGUUGGAAAGAGGAAAACUCACUGGUGUUAUGAAAACCGAGUUUUAGAAGCUGCAAAGAUACAACUAACCAUUCACUUCUUAAUAACUCUUUUUCUAACUAAAAACGUUCUCUUCUUCUUUCCUAACAUUUACGUACAACAAAAUUUUAAUUUAACCUUUUCUUUUUAUUCUUGCCAAAAAAUGAAUUUCAGCUAUUGUUGCACCUAAAGGGAGACAUCCUAGUUUUAAUUUCAGCAAUGUUCUCUAGCUUCCGUGAAAAUAUCAAUAUCCAGAUUAUGAAACUUAUGAAGUCGAAAGGAGGACUUAUUUUAAUUAUUUUAACUAUAACAUAUAUAAUGCAGACUUAUCAUUUACACAGUUGACAUAUAUAUUUUUUUGGAAAUUUCGUGUGCGUCAGGAAAUGGCUGGCAUUUAUUUUUCUUUCUUUAUAAUUUCUGCUGGAUCGUGUUUCUUUAAAAAGAGAUUUAGUUAGAUCUUUACCAAAGAAAGUAAGCGUAUGUACUUGAGAAAGAGCAAUUUGAUACGUGUCGUGUAAUUAUCGCACUAAUAUUCUAAUUAUGGUUUGUAUUUUAUAAGAAAACUUACUAGCAUCGUGGUCGGGUGGUCAUAAACAAACUAAUUAUCUUGGUCAUAAACUAAUUAUAAGAAAGCUUACUAGCAUCGUGGUCAUAAACAAACUAUGUUUUGGAAAUAAAAAGUCUUCGUCAUAACUUAAUCAUUUAGCAUAAUUAACUAAUAUUAACGUACUCGAUGUCAAAAAAUAAUAAUGUUAAUAUUCUCCUAUAUAGAAGUCAAUUCAAUAUGUCAACAAUUGGAAAAUUUCAGACUGUCUUAUGGAAUAAUGGGAAUACGUAUGAAAAAUAGGAAAAUCAGGUAUAAUAUCAAUUAACAUUUUAAUUGAUUAAUUUGACAGUCAGAACAGACAAUAACGUGUAUAACAUUACGUGACCAGAAUUGUUUAAAUAUAUUGAAACUGUCAACAAUUUGAAAAGCCGUAUUAACUUCGUUGUUAAUGUAAAUUGGUGUUGAUCUUGUGUAUAUAAAGGAAGGGCGAGACGAAAGUAAAUUUCACCAGAGACGAUACACGAACACAAAAAAAAAAAAGAGAAGUAAUCGAAACAUAAUUAAUUCAUCAAUGGCGAUGUCGGGAACAUACAUGACGGACGUUCCUCUGAAGGGAUCGGCGGAGAAACACUACAAAAGGUGGAGUAGCGAGAACCAUCUCGUCCCUGACGCCAUCGGCCACCUCAUCCAUGGUGUCACCCUCCACGACGGUGAUUGGGACUCUCACGGCGCCAUCAAGAGCUGGAAGUACACUCUUGAUGGGAAGGAGCAAGUGUUUAAGGAGAGAAUUGAGAUGGCCGAUGAGAAGAUGACGGUGGCGUUCAAUGCGCUCGAUGGUCAAGUCAUGGAGGAGCUUAAGGUGUAUAUAGCAAACUUACAAUUCAUCCCCGGUUCCCAAAAUGGCUGUGUUUGCAAAGUUAGUGUGAUUUGGGAGAAACGCACCCAAGACUCCCCAGAGCCCACCAUGUUCAUGAAGUUUCUCGAGAAGAUGGUUGCUGACAUGGAUGACCAUAUCCUCCAAAACGAGGAAUGAUGGAUCGAUAUUGUUUAAUCA